AUAUCCAUAUUUGAAAGAUGAAUGAAAGAAGAUCUGAAUCACCUGUUGAAAGCGAAAUUACCAUAAUAAUAUGAAUCUGGAUAUGUUUUCUUUUCUGUGAAAAAGAAUAUGAAUUAUUCAAUGAAUGAAAGCUCAACAGUCAGGCUUAGCAGUCGAAUCGGAAGGGCUUAGCACUUUAUUGUGACCGCACUUUAACGCGCUGCAUGAGAGGUCGUGUCACGGUCGUUAAUUUCCACCGUGUGUUAGACAGUAUUGAAAAGUCUGAAAUAAAGUGACAUGUUCACAGUCUUGCUUUUGAAGUGACAUUUCUCUUUGAGAAACAUAUAGUGAAAAAUUUGACACACGUAAACAUGAAACUCCCCCAAACGUCUAUGGAACUGAAAUAUUCCUAGAGAGAGAAAAGCUUCUUAUACAUUCUUGGUUGCGAUGGGAGUUUUUUCUAGCUGAUAGCCCUGUUAUAGAUAGUACGACCUUUGAAUAAGCAAUGCAAGGUGCAUCCACAAAUCCCCUCCUUACCCCCUCAUCGACGCUUAUAAGUUGUUUUUCCCGUACCACCCCCUCCCCAAAACCUUUCAUGGCCGGAAUUAAGCUUAGAAACAAUAAGUUAUCAUUAUAUGGGGUUAUAAGUAUUAGGGAGUUAUCAUCAAUUAGCCUACUUGUAGGCUUUGCGAACUUCGUGUUUUCGGGGUUUUCGUGCCGGAAAAACUAUCAAAGCCUACAAGUAGGCUAUCAUCAAUCAACUGAUGUCAUGCGUUAUUUUACAACUUGUAUAUUAAUCAAGAAACUUUGUAUCCAUACUUCUUGUAAUACCACACUCUGCUCAUUGUACAAGAAGCAUGAUUUACUUGUAGGCGUUCUGUGAGAUUCAAGUAGACCAAAGUUCGUGCAUGAAUUGUGAGAAAAACGUAAGACCUCGGCGACUUCGGAUUUUGCGCAGCGAGUAAUCUUGAAAUCUGAGUUGUAAUGAUGUCAUCAUGGCGCGCGCACAAGAACAAUGACGCAAUAAUGAAGUCUCCUAGCUUUCUCCCCUUGAGAACACGAAAGUUAUAACAUUGGAAAUUGAUAUCAUUUUAUUUAAAUCGGUGCAUUACUUAACAAAGCUUUACGGAAAUCUAGGAAAUAUGAAAACGGUGGCUUUCGCCCUGACUGCUGUGCUGGUAAUAGUAAUGUUACCAGGCGCCAGCGGCUGGUGGAAUCCGCUAUGGGAGUUGAACUACCCCGUUCCACAGGAUACCCACCUUGAAUGGGCGGGUGAAAAUGGGGAACUGUUAAUGAAACGGGAAGCGCCCUUUGAGACCCUACACGACGAAGAUGGGUCCGGGUUGGAUCGGUUCUGGGAAAUCAACCAGACAGACUUUGAUUUCUUGGACUCCUGUCUUAAUCGGGUGAGCACGAGACUACUCCAGUACUGCAAACCUGGCGUGACUCCCACCGCAACCAUUGAACGACUUGCCUUGAAGGAACUGUACUGCAGGACAGUUGCGCUAGGUGAAGAUGGUGAAUUCUGUUCAAAUUGGCUGCUUCUCAAAAGGUGUAUUGCGACUGAGAUGAACGCAGCAACACGCCUUCGAUACCUGUACAUUAAUAACAAGCUGCACGCACAAUGCUGGGCUCAGCGCACGGUACACGAGACACAGCGCGUGUUGAGCGACUUGCUUGUCCAACUGAACGACCACCACGGAACCAUGAAGGAAGUGAGGGAGGAAGGGCAAGAGGAGAUAGAGCGUGGCAAGACCCUCCUCGCAAACUCGAUGCUAGAGGUCGAUAAGGCGCAUGAUGCUCUCGCUAACAUGGAACGACAAUGGGACACGAUUGAGACCUUGGCGAUGGAUCAGAUGGACUCGCAAGUUAACCUCAUCAGGAUUGAUAGAAACCUAGCUAAAUCAGUAAAUCGUGACGUGGAUGCCUUCUUCAAUGCUGUCGUCCAUGAGUUAGGGACAGUGGAACAACGCAGAUCAGACUAUGAUAAAAUUAUUCAGAAAACUGUAAAAGGCAUCAACUUGGAGACCACGGCAACGAACGGGAAAGUCAAGGGAUUUGAUCACGACUUAGGAACUCGUCGAACAGCCCUCAUCCAUUACGCCAAGCAGCUAGAACUACUACUGAACGAGUCACUAGAUAAAUACAAGCAAACCGAGCACGCUAUGGCGCUAGCGAUGAGACUGGAAGCAUAUGUGACUGCCGUCAUGGGCUUUCUUACUAACAAUCAGCAGCAGUUCCUCUUGUGCGACCAGCAGCUUCUACAGGAUGCAACCCUUCACGCGACAUGUCUUUUAUUUGCUUACCUUCUCAUUCUCUACGUGGACGCUCCUUUAGGCUCGAGGAUCCUGGUGUCAGUAGUCGUUCCCUUGAACUUCGUCUCCUGGGCAGGAGUGCGGUCGAGCCUCUCAUAUCAAUCCCUAGCUGUAUUAGUGAUUGUUAUUGUUGUGGGGGACAUAUGCAUCACCUAUGGUUCCCGUCUCAUCUGGGAAAAAGAAGCUCAAAUUACACGAGAGAGAAGCAUGCGAUCAUCUAUCGGAUAUAACGCGACACCUGCACUUUCCCAUGCAUACCACCCUACCUACCGCAACCUCUACAUGCCUUCUCAUGGCUAUAACCCCAGUCCCAUACCGUCUCGUUGGAAUCACCAGUGCUGUGCAACCACCCAGAGAGGAUACCGCUGUAAACUCAACCGCAGGCUCAACACUCAGUUCUGUGGUGUCCAUAGCGCACGUGCAGAGCACAUGCCUGUAAACUGGAGCUACUAG